CACAGUGGCAUUAUAUAGGCCACAUAGAAUAUAGAAUAUAAUGAUAUAAUAUGCUAAAUAUUGUAUUAUUAUUUAUUAUUAUGAUUCUGCAGUGAAUUCAUGAUUAGUGAUCUAUUCAUUAUCAUUUUACCUAUUUGAAAUGCGUACGGGAGUAUGGGACAAAAUAAAUAAUAAAUAGGUUUAAUAAUAACGUCAGCUUAAAAGAGAUAGUUGUCUGUAUCACAAUAACAAUAAAAAAUAAUUAUUACCGUCGGUGCAUUAUAGGUUUUCUCCUCUGCUUCUAUUAAAUUCAUUCUAACUAUUAACUUAUAUUGUAUUUUUUUGAACUCUGGCUCUAAUAAACCACAUCAUUUUUGGUACAUUUUUUACUGUACCGAUUGUUUAAUCCUCAGUGUUUAACAUUCCUUAUAAUGAUUUAUUUGUUUUACCCUUAUAGCAAUAAUGUUGUAAAUUUCAAUUGUGGAAUUAUCAUUGUCUAUUAGAAGUAUGAAUUUACAACUAAUGCAUUGUUUUUUGCGUAUAUGCGGAUUUUUAAUCGUGCAGUAUUGACUUUGAAUUUUUCGUUUAGCAUAUAAAAUGGCCCUGGACAACUGUGAAGAGCUCCUGUACGAUCAAGCUUGCUUACAAGUACAGGCCUUCAAUUCACCAAACAUUUCGCUAUGGACACAGGUCGAAGAAUGUUACAAAGUGAGUGAAAACAUAGAUUGGAUUUUAAGGUAUUGUCAAAUUAUUAUUAUUUUUUUUUUUUAAUCAGUGCCAUUACUCUGAAUUUGGGGUUCUAAGGGUUAAAAAAUGCUAUAUCUGAGUUUUUUUAUAUUAAUAUGGGUACUUUCUGGAGUUGUGAUGCAUUUCAACAUUUACUAUUAUCUUUAUAAAAAUUAAAAAUAAUAUUUAGGUAAAUUGCAAUUUAUUAAUUUAAUAAUGUUCCAAAAUACAACAACAUUUUUAAGUAGAUCUUCAUAAAACAAAUUAUUCUAAAUAGGUUAACCAGUAGGAACCUAUAUUGACAAUAAUUAACAGUAUUUCCAAAUUGCUUAGUAACAUUUGCCAAGUUUUUCUUUACUAGUAGGUACUUAUCCACUUAAAGUAAAAUAAUAUUAAUAGUACUUAUAUGUUUAGUUCUAGGUUAAUUUUUUUACAAUUAUUUUAUACAUUUUUUGUGUUCUUAUAUGUACAAAAUAAAAAAUAAAAUAAUUAUAUUAAUAUUCAAUAUACAUACACCUAUGUGGGUUAUUAAUGAUAAACUAGUCAAACUAGAUAAAACAUUUUAAAUUAAUGGGAUGUGUAAUUUGUGCCUACUUCUUUAAAGUUAAAAAUAAACCUAUUUUAGUAAUAUUUAUUCAUUUUUACUUUUUUUUAUUCCUAGUGCGAUUUACUGAAAGAAAAAAAUAUAACUAGCAAUGGAGUCACAAAAAUCAGAUUAAAGACAAUUUAUAGUCUUUGGCUUGAUUUGACUAAUGACAGUAGCCAUAAUAAUUGCAGGUUGUUUGUUAUUAUUAUUAUUUUUACUUGUUACAUUUAAUUUAAUUAUACAUGUUUGUUUUAAAUACAGAAAACUUUUUACUUUUGAAGAACAUGGUGUGUAUCAGUGGAAUAUUACAAACAAUAUUAACUGUUCACAAAUUGAACAAAUAUCAACUCCUCAAAACUUUUUUAUGCGUAAGUGGUUAAUUUUAUUUUCCAUUGUAAACUUAGGUAAUCUAGUUGUGAACUUUAUUUUGGAAACUUGAUAAAUUGACUUGUAUAGGUAAUUAAUUUUCGAAGUUGUUUAUAUUAGUAUAUCAUAAACCUUAGAGAUUAAAUUUUUGUUUAAUAAUGAAAUUAAUAUCUUGAGUUUGAGAUAUGUAAUACACUAUUAUGGCUUAUUAUGCCUUUUUAUUAAAAAUAUUAUAAUUAUAGCUUCGUGUUCAACACUAAAAAAUAUAUUGAAAAAUGUGAUGGCAUGUACAUAUUAGAUAUUUAAGAAAUCAUACAGGAUGAUUCACUAAGUGUGCUCACUCUUUUUUUUGGUUAAAUUAUGCUUAUCAAAAAUUAGAAGUUUAACGAUUCUUAAAAUUUUUAAAUGUAGUGAAGACCAAUAUUUUUGAAUACUUAGAUUUUUCACAACAUUUAAGUAGUUUCCUGUGGCGAUACCAACUUUGAUUUUUAAAAUGAAAACCUUUAGUUAGAGAGAGUAGUUGAGUACUAUCAAAACACAGUGUGCCGUGUCCCCAUACAAAUGAUACUCCACUACUCUCCCCUUGCUUACACUUAAAAGUGAAAUAUCUUAUCAGUGGGUUGACCGAAAUCAAAAAUUUAACACAAUCAUUUAUUUAAGGUAAUACGCAGUCUAUUAAUGGAAUGUUUAAUAUAGGUUCUCAUUUGAAAAAACGAAAUUUGGUAUCACAAGAUAUAUCGGCUUUAACUACACUUAAAAAUUCCAUAAAUCAGAAUUUGAAUAUAUGCAAAAUUUAACCAAAAAAAAUGGAGUGAACACGCUUAGUGAAUCAGUGUAUAAUGUAAGAGUGAUUGGUAGUUCUUAUGAAUCAUUAGCAUUAUACACUUGCACUAUUUCUCAUAAUCUUAUACUUAGAAGAACAAUAACUCAUUUUUGUUAUUUGUAUAAUAAUUUAUUUUUUAUUAAAACUUAUAAUUAAAGGUAUAAAUCUAGUUUACGAUCCAAGCUCGUUUUUCAAAUUUUUUUUUUUUUUUUUCCAAAAUGUGAUUUUUCAUGCUUAAUCCAUUGAUAUAAUUAAAACAUACACAUCAUACUUACUUUUAUAGUUAUUGUACAUUAACUUGAAAAAUAGAAUUUUGGGAAUUAAUCCAAAAUGCGAUAAAAAAAAAACAUUUUUGAACUUCAUGAAGUUUUCCCUUAUAACUUCCAAACAAAGGUUUGUUUUCUUAGAUUCUUAAUGUAAAAAUGUAAUGGCAAAAACACACAUUUUGAAAAAAAUUUGAAAAACAAACUUUGGUCGUAAAAACUAGAUUUGUUCCUAAGUAAAUAAUUGUGUACAUGCCUUAUAAGUGCAUUUAUAAUUUAUAUCUUUAAUAAUCAUUUGAAUGAUUUUAUUGUUAAAAAACAAACAUACUUCGCACGAAGGGCGGACCAUUAUUCUAGGUGAGAAAUUGGUAAGGUAGGAUACAGAGGGGAAUUUAAUGUAUAUCUGUACACAAUAAUUAAUCAUUGCUAAUAAAGAACAAUUCUGAGCAGAGUUUGAUGAUACAUGCUUUGAAAGAUCAUAAUAUUUAUAAUUUUCAUCAACAAUAAAUGUUAAAAUUCUUAUAAAAAAAUUUUACAUUACACUCAAUUUUUUUUUUACCACAAAGUUUAAUUUAUAAUGAACCUCCUGUUAAAUUUUCAAGUAUUUCUGUUUGGUAUAACAAUUUUAUCUAAAGAAUACCUAUCAAAUAAAUAUUAUGUAAAAACUUGCAAAAUUAAAAUGGCAUUUAUAGAGAAAUGGCUCAAAUGUUUUUAAAAUUUAAUAUGUCUAUAAAAGGCAAAUGUAAUGUUUUUAUCAAAAUGUCAAGUUUUCAUAAACAUUUUUAACUGAAUCAUAACAAAAAAACUAAAUUGAAAUUUAUAAAAGUAUUUUUUUCGUAAAUAUUCCCUUUUUUUCUACAAUUUUUCCUGGUUUUUUUUAAAAUUAUUUUUAAAAUGCUUGGAAAAUUAAAAAUUAAUCUCCCUAAAGUACCACAUGUGGACAAUUUCCUUUUAGAAAACAUACUACACUUAAGAAAAUCGGAGUAAAAAUUAUAACCAUCAUGGUAAAACAAUCCAUUUCUCACUUCACUCAGAAUCUAAAACAUGACUUAAAUUUUUAUUUUUUUUUUAGCAUUUGUAUAUGCAUUAUUGCUAAUUAUACCAUCAUUUGCUGUUUGGUUUUUCAUCAGUUAUUUGCAAAGGACUAAUGUAGUACCAUCUGUGUUCAGAUUUGCAUCAAAGACAGAUUUGGAUAUUGAAAAUGUAAUGUAUAUUUACUUUUAAAAAUUCAUAGGGUUCUGUGUACUUAUAUUUGUAUGAACUAUGAACAAUUGUUUCAGACGGCCUCUAGCCGUGAUGUACCAAUAGUUGAUGGUUCUGAUGUCGAAUUAAAAAGCUCGGUUUGAUUUAAUAUUUCAUGAUUUAAUUACUAAUUUAAAAUUAUACAAUUGAUAAAUUUUUCUUAUUAAUUGGUGUUUGGAAUAAUUUAAAUACUAAUUUACUUAAAUGUUUUAAUUUUCUCAUAUUCAUGAGGUGUACAUAUACUAAUAGAUAGUUAUUUUUUAUUUUAAGUAAUAAUAAGGAAUUCUAUAUUUUAUAAAAAUGUCUAUUAAAAACCUACCAUUAAUUAUUGAUAUUAAUUAGGCAUUAAAGUCAGUUAAAUAUAAUUUGGAUAACUAAAUAAAAUAUAAAAUAUUUAUAAAUUUAAUAAUGUAUCACUAAUAUAAAAUUAUACUUAUAUUUUUGUGUCAUACUAAAAAUUUUUUUUUUCUAAGUAUUAAUAAUUAUAAUAAUAUUUAUUGAAUUUGCAACUAUACAAAAUAACAAUAAAAUUACAUAAAUUAUAAUCAAAGAGUCAAUCACUUCUAAGCCAAUGAUUGUGUAGAGAUGGGAGUACAAUUAUUAGGCAAAUUUAAAUUAAUAAGAUAUGUAGGACAAAAUUAAAUGACAUAAUAUAACAACAAAUAGUAAAACCUUAUAUAAUAUAAUGUAGAUGACUAUGCAAAAAAUCAAAAUAUCAAGACCAUAUCACAUAUUACUAAAAAUAAUAGCAGCAACACAUUUUUUAUAAAGACUCAGAUCAUAAAAGUCCAAACUAUGAACAUUCCAAUUAAUACAAAAUUUCACAAAUACAUAAUAUGGUCCAGACUAAUCAAAUGUUGUUCUUAACUUAGGAAUACAUAAAUUAACAUUAUUUCUAAAAUGAUUAUUAUGAAUAUAGACAGUUAAAGUUACAGUAUUUUUAUGCUUAAAUAUUAAUGUACAAACAUGAUAUAAAUGAAUUAAAGUAAGAAUAAAAAAAAUUUAAUUUUUUUAUAUAAUGAAAUAGUAGAGUGGAAUCUUGGCUUAUUAAAUAAAUACUUUAUUAACAAAUUUAAUGUGGUCUCUAAUUUAAUUAUAUGUGUUUUAUAAGCAGCACUCAAUAAAAUAAUUAAAUAAGAUUCAAUUGGUUGCUUUUUAUAUCGUUUGUUUCAGACUAUCUUACAUGAUAUUUUUAAGUGGCUUAAAUACGAUUAUACGAUUAAAAAACGAUUAUUAUCUAACUAGGAUUUAACUUUAUUAAGACCUACAUUAACUUUAUUUCUAACAUUAUUAACACAAUCACUAAUAAAUAUGAUUGUUGUAUCAUCUGUAACAAUAUUUCAGCAUCAAUGUUUUGGUUAAGAAGUCCAUUAAUAUAAAUAAUAAAAAUAAAGAACCUAAUAUGGUUCCUUAGAGCACAGAAUAUUUUAUAAGUAACUCAUUACUAAAUAUAAUGUUCAAUUUAAUUAACCCUCUAAUAUUUAUUGGUAAGGAAUGACUUAAAUAAAUUUAAUUCAAAACCUCAUACUCCCAGUAGUAUUCUAGGUUUAUAAUUAAAAUAUCAUGAUCAAUCGAAUCAAAAUGCUUUUUAAAGUCUAGAAAUACACCAAUAUUUUUUUUUUUAAAUCUAAUUUGUCAUAAAUAAUUUUUGUAGAAUAAUAAAGUGUGUCAUUGAAAAAUUCCUAAAUCCAAAUUGAUUUUUAUUAACAAAAUUAUUUUUAGUUGAAAACUUUGUUAAUCUUACUUUGACAUAUUUUUCAAGAAUUUUAGUUAUAGUCAACAUUAAAGUUAUUGGUAUAUAAUUUGUACAAUUUUUAAUAUUUGAGUUUUUCGAAAGUGGUAUAACUAUUGUUUUUUUGUAACUCAAAGGAAAUUCUCCGGCUGAUAAGCAUUUGUUAAAUAUAACUGAUAGUGGUAGUGAUAUAUAAUUAAACUUUUUUUUUAAUACCAUGUUAGACACAGCUCUUUUAUACAAUGGGAGAUAGUCUUUACAUUUAUCAAUGAAAUAAGUUAUUUCAUUUGGCUCAAUUGGACCAAAAAAAUUGAGCUCUUAAUAUAGCAAUUGUGAUUGAGUUCAUUCCAGCCUAUAGGUUUAGAAUUAUCUAAAUUUUUACUUUUAGAAAUAUUUAUCUCUACAUUAAUAAAAAAAUUAUAAAAUAUAUUAGCAAUCUUAUUCUUGUCUGUAAUAAUAUUAUUACCAGUCUCAUUGAGUACCUACUUCAGUUAUGUUUGAAUCUUAAUUAGUUUUUGUAUUAGAUGCCUCUUUAACACACUUCCAUAUCUUUUUUGAACUGUUACCAGCUUUAAUAAUUUUGUUAAGUUAAUACUUUUUUUAGCAUCUUAAAUCAAUUUAUUUAAUAAAUUCUUGUAAGAGAUAUAAUCAUAUUUAAAAUGUAACAUUAAAUGGUUGCUCAACAGAUUUACUAUACAUUUUUUCUCUCACUUUAAUUGAGGUUACAAGGCCUGCUGAAAUUCAGUUUACAAUUUUUUUCAUAUUACAGUUAUGAUUGAUAACACUUGAAGAUAUUUUUAUUAAAUCAUUAAUUUUGUCAUUAAAUAUAUCAACUGUCUGUGUAAUGUUUUUAUUUUCUAAUAAAUAAAUCCAAUACUCUUUUUUUAUUAAAAUAUUUAAAUGUCAAUGAUCUACUCCAACAUAACCUGAGUUUACAUCAUUAUUAAUAUAUUUAUUUUCUAUUUUUAGAUUGUCUGUAUUAACAUUUAGAAUUAAACUCAUAUGAUCAGUUAUACUACUUUGAAGGACAUAUGAUUUAACAUUGUAAUUAUGCAAAUUUUUUAUGAGUAGAUGAUCUAUACAUGAUCUGGAUAGAUUUUGUAUUCUAGUAUAAAGAUUAAAAGUCGAGUGAAAUCCAAAACUUGCGAAUGCAUUUAAAUACUCAAUAGAUACCAAAUUUUUACUUAAUAAAAUUAUAUAUUUAAGGAUAUAACUGAAAGAUAUUGAUUUAAAACAACAAAAAUUCUCCAGAAAUACAACUUGGAGACCUAUAUAUCAUGAUUAGGUAAAACAAACAUUUAUCAUUAGAAAUAGAUAUUUCCAAAGAGUUACAUCCUAGUAACAUAUUUUUAUUAAAAUUGAUAUACCAUCAGCUUUAUUAGUAAUACAAAUAGAAUUAGUUAAAGUGUACCUGUUAAUUGAAAAAUGAAUAUUUAGGAUAAGCCAAGUUUCACUCAAUACUAUUACAUCUAAUUCAUGACUAAUUGUAUUUAAUAAUAUUAAUAGUUCAUCAUAUUUGCUUUGAAGCUUCUAAUUUUCAUUAUAAAUACGGAAAAGUUAUGUUUAUAAAAAACUGUAUCAUCUAAACUAUUUUUAUAUUUUGAUAAAAACGACUUGAUAUUAUUAAUUUCUUUUUUAUUAUAUCCAAAUUGUUGCAUAUUAUAAAAUAAAUAAUUUGAACCUAUAUAUUGACGGUGUUUUGUUAAAAGGGCAUCUAUCAAAUUUCAUCUUAUUUCAGGAAGCCAAAAAAAAAAAAACAGUUUUUAAUUAUAUAUACUUUGGGAAACAAUAAAAUUACUUGUUCACAGAAUAACUUGUACACAAAGUAUAUGUAUACUGAAUGUGAUAUUACACCCUUUUAACAAAUCAGUGUUUAUGUAAUUAUAUUUUAAAAGGGCAUCUGGAUAUCUUUUAAUUGACAUUACCUACUUAAUUUUCUGUAUUUAAAUACACCCUUUUACUAGUUUAUGUUUUUAAUUUUUCUGAUUAUGUGAUACCAAGAAUUUAUUUUUCGAUUUUUAGUGGUAUACACCCUAUUAAUAAAACACCACCGAUAUUAUAAACUAUAAAUUGAUCAAUACAUUUUAUUUUUUUUUUAAUAGUAAAUUUUAAUAAAAUUAACUUCAGAUUAAAAAUAAUAAUAAUAAUUAUAUUAUUAUAAUAUUUAUUAAUUAAUAAAAUAAUAAUUUAUAGUAAUUUAUGUAUAUAUAUUUUUAACAUUUCAGGAUUUUGGAACUGGUUCAAAUGAACCAGUUAUUAUUCACCCACAAAUUCCUACUCCAGUCAAAAAUAGUAGUUAUCGAAUCACAUCAUUAGAUGCAUUCAGAGGGUAAUAAUUUAAAUUUUAAAAUUAAAAAUAAGUUUAUUCAAUAUUAAGAAAUUAUUAUCCCCUUAAACAUAAGAACUUAAGAAAUAGAAACAAAUAUUUAAGUUUGUUUCCAAUGUAGCAAUAUACAUAUACAUAUGUAUACUCAACUUUAAUAGGUUUUAUUUAAAUACUUUUACGGUUUAAAUUUUUAGUCAUUAAUGUAUAAUAUACAUAUUUAUACAAAAUUACAAUCUGUACAAAUAUUGCUAUUACCCUGGAGUUGUGCAUUGAUUAAAUAUAGUAAUUAUUUAAUAGUUUGAAUACAUAAAUAUGUGUAAAACUUAGUCAUCUACAAUAAGCUCAGUUCAUUCUUGUUUAUAGAGAAAUUGUAAUGUUGAAACAAUUAUAAAAUCAAAAAUAUUAGUUAAUACAUUUUGAUUAAUCUAUUAUGUUAUUUUUAUUAUAGGAUAUCCAUUAUACUGAUGGUAUUUGUCAAUUUAGGUGGUGGCCAUUAUUGGUUCUUUGAACAUGCUCCAUGGAAUGGUAUUACAUUAGCAGACUUCAUAUUGCCAUGGUAUACAAAAUUGAAAAUAAGAAUAACUUAUUUUAGAGUCUGUUGUUUAGACCAUUGUUUUAAAUUUGAAUAUAUAUGCUAACUAAAAUAAUCGUUUUUCUGUUAUUAGGUUUUGUUGGGUUAUGGGAGUAAGCAUAGCAAUAUCAUUACGAUCUCAACUUCGUUCAAGUACUAAAAGAAAAUAUGUUUUUGGUCGUGUUGUUCGAAGGUCAAUUGUCCUAUUGAUUAUGGGUUUAGUACUAAAUUCAGUAAACGCAAAUAAUUUAACCACAUUUAGACCAAUGGGGGUUUUACAAAGACUAGCUUUCAUAUAUUUUAUAGCGGCAACAUUGGAAACUAUUUUCAUGAAACCACAGCCUUAUUUUACGGUAAUUUUUUUUCUAUUACAGAACAUAAAAACUAAUGAGAUUAGAUGACAAUAUAAACUCCAGUGGUCAGGUUAAAAUUUUGUAAUCAAAAAUUGUUUUUAAAAAAAAAAAUGCCAUGUUAAAAGUUACAACUAUUUAAAUAAAUCAACAAUUAAUAUGACUGUAAACACUGUUUGUUGCGUAAAACCAUUUAAAAAAAAACUUACAUACUGCCCUCGGAAAUAUUAUCAUCUUUAAACGUUAUUUGUGUUUAAAUACUAAUAUUACAACCUAAACACCUCAAUUUAUGUUCUAAGUAAUGUAAUUUUGCUAUGUUGCCCAUUAACAUGUAGACAGUAAAUUAUAAUGGUGCUAAUUCUCUAACAUACUUUAUAUUUUAAAAAUAAUUUUGUACAUUUUUCUUAGAAUACAAAAUUGGAUAUAAUCAGAGAUAUAAUUGAAAGUGCUCCACAAUGGUUUAUAGUAAUUAUUUUAGUGGCUAUUCAUUCUAUAAUAACUUUCCAUUUCCCUGUACCUGGUUGCCCUAAAGGGUAUUUGGGACCCGGAGGCCUGUACAAUAAAUCGUCAAAUGUCAAUUGUACAGGUGGUGCAGCCGGAUAUAUUGAUAGACUAGUGUUUGGUGAACGUCAUAUGUAUUCUGGUACGUCUAAAUCUGUUUAUCAGUCCCUACCAUUUGACCCUGAAGGUAGGUACAAAGAAUUUAAUUUUUUACAAAAUUACAUUUCUAGCAUAUUAUUAAUCAUUUUUUUAAUUUCAGGUAUUUUAAGCACUUUAACAAAUAUUUUACUUGUGUACAUGGGAGUACAUGCUGGUCGCAUUAUUUUAUGUUAUCAGUAUACAAAUGAACGGAUUAAACGUUGGAUCGCAUGGACAAUUAUACCUGUAAGUAUAAUAGUAUUUCUAAUAACAUUCUUAAUUAUAGUAUAAAGGCUGUAACACGAAGAUCUGAAAUAACAUCUGUUCUAAUUAUUAUUUUUAAGCUUUUUCAUUUGCAAAUGUUAUUAGUAUUUUUGGUUUGGUUUUACAGCCAAUUGUAUGGCUCACAGAGAUUACAUAUUAAAGAAAAGCAGAUGGGGAUCUAACAACACCUUGCAGUCAAAUUUUGAUAUUGGCAACCAUUUUGUACUAGAAUUAAUGCAAACAAAAAAAAUUGAUAUCUUAACAUUCCAUUUUGUUACUUGAUAUAAGAAACUAAUAUGUUAAAUUUGGUCACGAUAAUUCACCCCAUUCACUUGUCACCUGAGGGUUGAAAAAAUAUCAAAGGAUUAGUUUUAUUGGCUUUUUCAAUUUAUUUCAAAAUCUAUAUAAUGUAAAGGUAACAAAAUGGGGUGAAGGUCAGAAGUCAAAGAUAUUAAUUUUUAUUUCGUCUACGGGUAUACGGUCUGGGAGCAUAUAAUAAUUGUACACGUGCCUGGUUUCUGAGUAUGCAACACCACUACUCAUCGACCGCCCUUUCGAUCUGUUGUGUAUAUAUGUAAAUAGCAACUCUAAGAAAGUGGAUAUGGUCGCUGAGCAAAACCUUUGAAUGAUAGUGUGCAGUGGGUGUGUAUGUGUGUAUACUUGUAGUUGUGUACCUUAAAACUAUGUUAACAAAGGAACAAAUAAAAAUAAAUGGUAAUCAGAUUGUUGUGGUGGUAAUAAAUUGUAAAAUAAUAAAGUAAAAACAAAAUUCUCAAAAUGGUUAAUACUCGUAAAUAACUAUAUAAAUAAAAUUAAAAAAUUAAUAUUUUCUGGAGUAUUAGAUUAUUAUGAUAAGUGUAUUAUAAUAUUGAGUAGAAUUUUACAUUUUGACUAUGAUAUACCUGAUGAUGAAUUUUUAAUUCGAAACCGGUUGUAUAAUACACUCAUCAUAAUACUCCAGGCGAUGCAUUUCUAAUAAGAAUGUUAAUCCAAGCAUUGAAGAACAGUAGGAUUGGUAUCACUGGUUUCUAUGACUUCUUCUGAUUACAUCUGUGUUUAUAGAUUCUCUAUGAACUUCUUCGUUUGAUUUUACUAAUAUUUUUUUAAUUCAUGUCUUUCAUGUUUGGUUAUUUUGUAAUGAAUCCAAAAUAUCCAAAAGAAGAGACUUAAUGAGCUUUUUUUAGAAGGAGGGGUUGACUCUAACCAAUAAGUCCCAGAAAAACCUGAAUUUGAAUUUGGUUUUGAUUUUCAACAUCCUCAUGAGUCAUGUAAAAUACUGCACUACUCUACCAUUUAAAUGUCUGUCUUAACAAUGGAAACCCCUCCCCUCAUAGCUCUUCUUUUGGAUACAUUACAAAAUCCCUAAACACAAAAACCAUGUGUUACAAAAAUAUUAGUGAAAUGAAAACUAAGAAGUUAGUAGAAAAUCUAGCAACAGGUGUGCUUAUAAAACACCAUAAAAGCCAGUGAUAUCAAUCCUACUGCUUUUAAAUGCUUGGUUUACGAAUAAUACUACUAGUCUACUUUUGAUUAGCUCUACUUGUAUAUAUUUAUAUAUUCCAUAUAAACAUAGUUUGGUUUUAUUAUUUAAAAAAAAUGUUAAUCUAAUAAGGUAAAUCAAUUCUUUUUUAUCAGUUUAAAUUGUUUUACUUUGGUUUGUGUUGAGAUUUUUGUAGUUUUGUGUAAUAGUCAAUAACAAUGAAAAUAGGUAAUAUAAAAGUAUUAUUAUAUAUUUUUUUUUUUUUUAGGGUCUAAUUGGAGGUAUUUUGUGUAAUUUUUCUAAAGAAGAUGGUUUUAUACCAAUAAAUAAAAAUUUAUUUUCUUUAUCAUAUGUAUUUAUUACUGGAUGUUCUGCAUUCUUAUUAUUCAUAAUACUGUUUCUAAUUAUUGAACAUUGGCGGCUAUGGAGUGGAUCACCAUUCUGCGAGAUUGGUGAGUUUAAAAUUUGAAAUAAUAAAAUAUAUUCAAAAUUUAAAUUAAUUUCGUUUUACCAGGUCAAAAUUCAAUUUUAUUAUAUCUUGGACACAAUAUAUUUUACAAUACACUUCCAUGGAGGUGGCAACCAGUAAACGAAACUUCCCAUACAGAACAAUUAGUUAUGGAUUGUUGGGCAACAAUUUUUUGGUGUGCCAUUGCAUUAGUGAUGUACAAAAAAAAUAUAUUUAUUGUAGUAUAAUUAGUAAAUAUAAUAAUGAUAAUUUUUUUCAUUUGCAAUAUCAGCUAAAUUGUUACUUAUAAUGACUUAAUGGAACAAAGUACUUUCAUUAUUGUCCAAAAAAUGAAAUUUAAACUGUUAUAAUAUCAAAACAUUUGGUUUAAAUCAAUUUAAAAACUUUACCACAACUAAAAUUAUUUUUAUUAAUAAUUUAAUAUUUAAGUAUUAUAGAAUGUAAAAAUGUGUUUUUUGAACAUUAAAAAUUGUACUAAUAAUUAAAGAAAAUAAAUUUCAGGGUUUCUGAUAAACUUCCAUUCAAAUUAUUUUAUUAUUAGGUAAGAUUUAUUCAACUUGAUAAUGUAUUAAAGUACUUAAUUAUAUUAUUUUUAUAUUAUUAUUUUACCCAAUGCUCAUUAUAAAGUAUUUAUUUUAUUUUUAUUAUUGUAAUCAUUUUAUAUUAAAAUGUUUAAUACAUUUUAUAUCUUUUUCUUAUGUUUUUUUUUUGAUUUUUUAUCUUUGUGAUAUUGAGAUUUAUGAUUAUAGUGAGAGCUACUCUUCUUUUUUUCAUUGUAUCCAGUGUUGCUUUUACUUCCAGUCUUAUUUUGUUUUUCUCCUUUGUUAUUACUUACUUUUUUUUCAACUCCUUCCU